CUAGAGGGCUCGGGUUCAUGACUAACCUUUUGUCUAGGUUGUCUAUAAUUUUUAUUUUUAUCUUUCUUAGGUUGAGCUCUUCUAGGCCACCUAACCGUUUGGAGAAGGUUAAUCAACUUCUAGGCCACCACUCUUUGACGGAACCAACUAUUCCUAUUGGAAGGAACGGAUGAGAAUCUAUAUCCGUUCCACCAACUUCCAAUUAUGGUUGGUCAUCAAAAACGGAGAGGAAAUCCCGAUGAAGAAAGUUGACGACAAGUUGAUCCCCAAGACCGAAGAUGAGUUUGAUGCCGAGGACAUCAAGAAGAUUGAGAAUUAUGCAAAGGCCAUCAAUAUGUUAUAUUGUGCAGUCAACCCCAAGACCGAAGGUACUGAUCAAGUUCGUGAAGCCAAGAUCGAUUUUCUCACUCAAGAGUACGAAAUGUUCCGAAUGAAAGAAGGUGAGAAAAUCGAUGACAUGUUCGACCGGUUCUCAAAAAUCAUCAACGACUUUCAUGCUCUCAAAAAGACUUACGCCAACAAGGAUCUCGUGAGGAAAAUCCUGCGGAGUCUCACACCCGAAUGGAGGUCAAAAGCCGAUGCAAUCUACGAAUCCAUCGGAGUCUCCAAUGUCACCAUCAACGGGCUAAGAGGUAACCUCAAAACUUAUGAAUCUACUAUUCUAACCCCGUCUUUGGAUGAACAAAAGAAGAAAGGAAUAGCGCUCAAAGCAACCAAGGAGACCGUAGAGGAGGUUUCAAGCGAUGAUGACAACGAAUUUGGACUUGUCAUCAAGAAGUUCCACAAGUUCAUGAAGAAGGAAUUUGAGCGGAAGGGAAGGAAGCACGACGGUCCUCCCAAGUGAUACGGCUGUGGCGAGAUUGGUCACAUCAAGCCAAGGUGUCCAAAAGUGAAACACGGCAAGGAUAAGCCCGGCUUCAAGAAGCAAAGGGCUUACAUCUCUUGGGGUGGCGAUUCCGGCGAUGAAUCAACCGACCAAGAAGAGGACGAAGCUGCAAAUCUCUACCUCAUGGCGCACGAAGAUCAAAACGACGACGUCCAAGAGGUAUGUACCAUUUCUUCCGACUCCUAUACUUUUGAAGAAAUGCAAGAAGCACUU